AUGCACUCCAGCCAGAGUCGAACGGCGGGUCAGGCAGUCAGCCGCGGUCGCAGCCGCAGCUGGUUCGUUUCGGUCGAGGGCUGGAUAUACGAUGGCUAUGUUGAUGUCGAGGGCGAGGGGCGUGCGGAUGGCCGUAAGAUUAGUUCGAGUGCAGCACGGCCGCAGAAGCGGCGAAGCGAAUCCGGUACGACGCUAGUCAUUAAGAGUGAAGACUACAAGAAACCUGUACCUAUCGACUACCUCGGGCGCAAGACGAGGCAGCGAGUCAGUACGGAAGAUCGACGAACCAAAGUCCGGAAUGUCGACGCAUCGUCGAGGAAUCGACGAUUCGUAAACGCGAGGAAAGGGUGUGUCGGCGAGUGCGUCGCCAUCGUCGGCGGGCGGUUCCGGUGUCUGUAG